UUUGAAUUAAAUUUAACAUUUUUCAUCACAUAAUUAUUUCUGUACAUUCUGUGGCUCGGUACAGAAGACUUUGAGGUUACGCGAGUGAAUGUGUUUUCUAAUGAAUACAGUAAAAUACUUGAUUUUUUAUUUCUAAAUAUAUUGAACAAAUGUUCAAGACCUAGUUGUUAAUUGUUCUUCUAUUCUACUAUUUAACUUAAAAUUCUACCUGGUUGCAAUUUUGAAAAUGUUUAUAAACGAUUUUCCAUUCAUGGAGUCCAUGCCAACAAACAACAAUUUUGUACUUAAAUCCGAACCAUUUGCAGAAGGAGCCACCUACAAUGGAAAUGUAUGGAUAUCAGCAGAAACGGAUCUUAACGGAAUGCCAGUACACCGAGAUCCGCCAUACUUGCAGACAAUUGAUACACAACAAGUGCAUUCUCCUCCUAUGCCUGGCCAAAAUCAAGCUUGCUCAAUUUGUGGUGAUCGAGCAACAGGUAAACAUUAUGGGGCUGCCUCAUGUGAUGGUUGUAAAGGAUUCUUCAGGAGAAGUGUUCGAAAAAGUCAUUUUUAUUCGUGCAGAUUUUCAAGAAAUUGUAUCGUAAACAAAGAUAAGCGCAACCAAUGCCGUUAUUGUCGAUUACGAAAAUGUUUCAAAGCCGGCAUGCGGAAAGAAGCUGUUCAAAAUGAACGCGAUCGCAUAAAUUGCCGAAGGCCGAGUUAUGAGGAACAGCCAAGUGCUAAUGGUUUAUCAGUUACAUCUCUAUUAAAUGCAGAAAUACUAUCCAGAAGCGAAUCAGAUGCAGCCGAUGAUAAUAAUUUAGCUAACAAACAUGUGGCAAAUAUUGGGGAUGUGUGUGAAUCUAUGAAAACUCAAUUGCUCUUCCUAGUUGAUUGGGCAAAACGCAUACCUGCAUUCACAGAAUUACAAUUGAAUGACCAGGUUUCAUUAUUACGCGCUCACGCAGGCGAGCAUUUGUUAUUAGGUUUAGCAAAGAGAUCUCUAAUGCUUAAAGAUGUGCUACUAUUAGGAAAUAACAGAGUUAUAGCACGUCAUGUUCCUGAUAAUGGAAUUCCAUCAGAUUUAGACAUAAGCAGAGUUGGUACACGUGUUUUAGAUGAACUUGUAAAACCAUUAAAUGAUGUUCAAAUUGAUGAUACUGAGUUUGCAUGUCUUAAAGCGAUUGUAUUUUUUGAUCCAAAUGCCAAAGACUUACUCGAACCAGAUCGUAUUCGACGUAUGCGCAAGCAAAUUCACAGGAACCUAGAAGACUACAUAAGUGAUAGACAAUAUGAAACUUGUGGUCGUUUUGCUGAACUUUUAUUAACUUUGCCAGCACUACAAUCUAUAACAUGGCAAAUGAUUGAGCAAAUUCAAUUUGCAAAACUUUUUGGAAUGGCACAUAUUGAACCAUUGUUACAAGAAAUGCUACUAGGAGGAGCUCCAAUUGAUACUGAAACAAAUCAAGACAACAAUAAUGUACCAUGAAUAAUUAUUUUAGAAUAUGAUAACUUUAUUCAGGAUGUAGCUUUUACUAUCCAUUAUUCUAAAUUGUAUUAGUGUAGUCUAUUAAUUUCUUUAUAUACUUAAUAUGUUAUGUAAAUUAUGUUGUACUAAUAGUUAUAAUAAAUAGUCUAAAAAACUUAAUUUAUUAAAAUAUUCAUCAAUUAUUUAAAAUGUUGUAUAAACUAAUAAUAAGUUUAAUUUUUUAAAU